GCCGCGGCCUCGGGGCGGCGGCGGCCACUGGCUGGGCGCGGGAGGACGGCGGGCGGCGCCGUCCUGGCCAUGGGCGCCCGCGGCGGCCGCCCGGAGCCUUUGUGAGCGGCGCGGAGCUGGAGCGGCCCGCGGCGGCGAGCGGCAAGCAGCGGGGACGGCGCUGGUUGAGCUGGACCUUGUCUGAUGGCUUCCUCCAGGCCUCCUCCACAGCCUGCCAUAGGAGAUUUGCAGGGUCCUGGAGUCCCAGGCCCUUCCUCUGAGGCAGAGGAUUCUGGAGAAGCCUUUGAGUUCGAUGAGAGCGAUGAUGAAGAGGACACCAGCCUUGCUCCUGAGAGGGAUGCAGACCCCCUGCUGAUCCACUUUGACUCCAUCCCCAGAGCAGACCCAGACCUGGACACGGCCACCACACUGCCCCAGAUAGAGGUGCCGGCUGUGGUGAGCAAUGGGGAUGCUGUGGAUGGGGCUUUCUCUGGGGUCCGGCGAUCCAGCUGGAAGCGGAAGAGCUCCCGUCGCAUUGAACGCUUCACUUUUCCUGCCCUGGAAGAAGAUGUGAUUUACGACGACGUUCCCUGUGAGAGUCCUGAUUCCCACCAGCCAGCAGGGGUGGAGAGGAACCUGCUUUAUGAGGAUGUGCAUCGAGAUGGGGCACCCCAGGAGGCUGAGGACCUAGGCUGGAGCUCCAGUGAGUUUGAAAGCUACAGCGAGGACUCAGGGGAGGAGGCCAAGCCGGAGGCAGAGCCUGCCAAGCACCGAGGGUCCUUCCAGCCCAAGCUUUCUCCAGACCUGACUAGGCUAAAGGAGAGAUGCGCCAGGACUAAGAGAGACAUCUUGGCUUUAAGAGUUGGGGGGAGAGACAUGCAGGAGCUGAAGCACAAGUGCGAUUGUAAGAUGACCCAGCUCAUGAAGGCCGCCAAGAGUGGGACCAGGGAUGGGCUGGAGAAGACACGGAUGGCCGUCAUGCGCAAAGUCUCCUUUCUGCACCGGAAGGAUGUCCUUGGUGACUCAGAAGAGGAGGACAUGGGACUCCUGGAGGUCAGUGUGACAGACAUCAAGCCCCCAGCCCCAGAACUGGGCCCCAUGCCGGAUGGCCUGAGCCCUCAGCAGGUGGUCCGGAGGCACAUCCUGGGCUCCAUUGUGCAGAGCGAAGGCAGCUACGUGGAGUCACUGAAGCGGAUACUCCAGGAUUACCGCAACCCUCUGAUGGAGAUGGAGCCCAAGGCGCUGAGUGUCCGCAAGUGCCAGGUGGUGUUCUUCCGCGUGAGGGAGAUCCUGCACUGUCACUCCAUGUUCCAGAUUGCCCUGUCCUCUCGUGUGGCUGAGUGGGACUCCACCGAGAAGAUCGGGGACCUUUUUGUAGCCUCGUUCUCCAAGUCCAUGGUGCUGGAUGUGUACAGUGACUAUGUGAACAACUUCACCAAUGCCAUGUCCAUCAUUAAGAAGGCCUGUCUCACCAAGCCAGCGUUCCUCGAGUUCCUCAAGCGGCGGCAGGUGUGCAGCACAGACCGAGUCACCCUCUAUGGGCUAAUGGUGAAACCCAUUCAGAGGUUCCCACAGUUUAUCCUCCUGCUUCAGGACAUGCUGAAGAACACCCCCAGGGGCCACCCCGACCGGCUGUCACUGCAGCUGGCCCUCACAGAGUUGGAGACGCUGGCUGAGAAGCUGAACGAGCAGAAGCGGCUGGCCGACCAGGUGGCUGAGAUCCAGCAGCUGACCAAGAGCGUCAGUGACCGCAGCAGCCUCAGCAAGCUGUUGACCUCUGGACAGCGGCAGCUGCUCUUAUGUGAGACUCUGACGGAGACGGUGUAUGGAGAUCGUGGGCAGCUGCUCAAGUCCAAGGAGCGCAGGGUCUUCCUGCUCAACGACAUGCUGGUCUGCGCCAAUAUCAACUUCAAGCCUUCCAACCACAGGGGCCAGCUGGAGAUCAGUAGCCUGGUGCCCCUGGGGCCCAAGUAUGUGGUGAAAUGGAACACAGCACUGCCUCAGGUGCAGGUGGUGGAGGUAGGCCAGGAUGGUGGUGCCUAUGACAAGGACAAUGUGCUCAUCCAGCAUGCCGGUGCCAAGAGGGCCUCGCCUGCAGGCCAGGCUCAGAACAAGGUGUACCUGGGCCCACCGCGCCUCUUCCAGGAGCUGCAGGACCUGCAGAAGGACCUGGUGGUGGUGGAGCAGAUCACGCUGCUCAUCAGCACGCUGCAUGGCACCUACCAGAACCUGAACAUGACUGUGGCUCAAGACUGGUGCCUGGCCCUGCAGAGGCUGAUGCGGGUGAAGGAGGAGGAGAUCCACUCGGCCAAUAAGUGCCGCCUCCGGCUCCUGCUUCCUGGGAAACCUGACAAAUCCGGCCGUCCCAUCAGCUUCAUGGUGGUCUUCAUCACCCCCAACCCCCUGAGCAAGAUUUCCUGGGUCAAUCGGUUGCAUUUGGCCAAGAUUGGACUCCGGGAGGAGAACCAGCCUGGCUGGCUGUGUCCAGAUGAAGACAGGAAGAGCAGAGCCCCCUUCUGGUGCCCGAUCCUGGCCUGCUGCGUCCCUGCCUUCUCCUCCCGGGCCCUCAGCCUACAGCUCGGGGCCCUGGUCCACAGUCCUGUCAACUGUCCCUUGCUGGGCUUCUCGGCAGUCAGUACUUCCCUUCCACAGGGCUACCUCUGGGUCGGGGGUGGGCAGGAGGGCGCCGGGGGCCAGGUGGAGAUCUUCUCCUUGAACCGGCCCUCACCACGCACCGUCAAGUCCUUCCCGCUGGCAGCACCCGUGCUCUGUAUGGAGUACAUUCCGGAGCCGGAGGAGGACACAGAGGGCACAGAUGAGAGCCGGGCAACUGCUGACGCCUUGGCCACCGUGCAUCCCACCAUCUGCCUGGGGCUCCAGGAUGGCAGCAUCCUGCUCUAUGGCAGUGUGGACACCGGCACGCAGUGCCUGGCAACCUGCAGGAGCCCUGGCCCACAGCCCGUGCUCUGCCUGCGGCAUAGCCCUUUCCACCUGCUUGCUGGCCUGCAGGACGGGACCCUCGCUGCCUACCCUCGGACCAGUGGAGGAGUCCCCUGGGACCUGGAGAGCCCCCCUGUGUGCCUGACCGUGGGGCCAGGGCCUGUCCGCACCCUACUGAGCCUGGAGGAUACUGUGUGGGCCAGCUGUGGGCCACGGGUCACUGUCCUGGAUGCUGCCACCCUGCAGACUCAGCAAAGCUUUGAGGCACACCAGGACGAGGCGGUGAGCGUGACACACAUGGUGAAAGCGGGCAGCGGCGUCUGGAUGGCCUUCUCCUCUGGCUCCUCCAUCCGCCUCUUCCACACUGAGACCCUGGAGCAUCUGCAGGAGAUCAACAUUGCCACCAGGACCACCUUCCUCCUUCCAGGCCAGAAGCACCUGUGUGUCACCAGCCUCCUCAUCUGCCAGGGUCUGCUCUGGGUGGGCACCGACCAGGGGGUCAUUGUCUUGCUGCCUGUGCCCCGGCUGGAGGGCAUUCCCAAGAUCACAGGAGACUCUAGACUGAUGGGGGAGCUACAUCCCCAUCCUCAGAAGAUUCUGCAGUCUGAUGGUGGAGGUCCCCGGGCUGAAGGAGAAAUAAAGUCCUCGGUGAGCUCCAGUCUGAUGAUGGAGACAGGACCAUCGCCAUUAUCAUGGGUGAGGACCCAUGGAUAAUAAGACAGGUAACAGAAACUCUUCAGUGUUGAAGACCUAACCCUGGUGCUGCCCAAGCACUCUAAACACCUCAUUUACACUUUCCCGGGAAAUGACAAGUAGCAAGAAUGUGUAAAUUGAGGAAAAUUAAUGUAAUUACCUGAGCUAGUUCUUGUCAGCUUUUCGUAUCAUCAGAAGCCACAGAACCUCUCCUGGCGAGGAGCGGCUCAGUCAUUAUGGGCUUUCUCCUGUGACAGGCAGUUGGCUCCUCCUUUACAAGGUCUGGCAAUGGGUUCUGGACCCCCCCACUCCCCAGAGCAUGGCCUAGGCCCCGUGCUGGAGAGCUUGCUGGCCCUCACGUCAGGGAGGCCUGGGCUUGAGUUCUGGCUCUGUUUCCACUUUGUUAUGUGAUCCAUAACCCCCUGAACCUGUGUGAGCUGCAGUCACGUCCUAUAGUCCGAUCAAUGGUAGUCCAAGUGUGGGGAGCCCCUGUUGGGUCCAGGUGCAGUGCGACAUGCAUUGGAUCCACGCCUGUGGAACCAUCAACAGCCACCCCCAUCAGGAGGUUCCAUUGUUGACCCCGAUGUACAGAGAAAGCCGAGGUCGGGCAGGUAAAGUCACUUGCCCAAGGUCAUAGCACAGAAGAGAACUAUUGGACAUGUAGCCUUAACCUUGUACCACUCCAAGCCCAUUUUGCAGCCCUUCCUUCUUCACUGUCUGCUCCAGGAUCCCAGGUGAGGACAAGUGCCCAGGUGCCAGCACAAAGUGUAGCCUGCUUGUAAACCCUGAUCCUCGGUUUCUUCUUCCAGAACCCGGGGAUGUCAGCAGCACUGACCAAAUGGGCUGCCUUGAGCAGGAAUGGAGUUCUUUCAUGGAAAACAGGGCAGCUUCUGUCCCAUAGCAGGCCCUGGACAGCUGGUUUGUUAUUGUCCCCUGCAGGAACCUGGCAGGUGUCAGCCUGCGUUCUAAGAUGCUCCUUAGAGUGUGAAACACCCAGGCGUCUUGAGGAGACCUGGAAGCACAUAGCUCCCCUUAAGCAAGCUUGGAGAGUCCCAUGGUUUGUGUGGAAAACACAAACACUCAUGCCACUUGCCAAGAAUUUGGGAAAAAAGGACCAAGUAACACAAAGGCACCCAAGCCGGGGCUGGCCAAUGGGUCUAGAGAGAUCAUGGGAUCAGUAUUCAGAAAACUCAUGUUUGGGCAAGUGGUACCCAACAAUGCAGGCUUCCUUCACUCAGCAGUACCCACCACUAGCACCGUGUGCCCAGCUCUGGCCAAGUUGGUGAGAGGAGCAGACAGAGUCCUGCCUAAGGAGCUGAGCCUGCAGCCUCACAGGAGACAUGGGUUUGAAAAGAGAAGGUUCCAGGGGUCCCAGUGGAUCAGAAAGAGAACAUGGGCUUUGGAGUUCCUCUCCUGGUGUCUGCCCUUACUUGCUGACCUCAGUUUCCCCCUCUGUAAGAUGGUGAUAACUGUGCAUUCCCCAGCUGCUCCCAGGAGUAAAGGAGAUGAGGUAUCUAAGAGUGCUUCAUUCAGGGCCUGGGGAAAGAGAGGUGCUCCAUCAGUGUUCACUAUUUUAGAUAGAGAUAACGCCAAUAACAGGCCUGACCUGGGUGAGAACAAGGCUACAUGUGGGCGGGGCCAGAAGGUGGGUGGGGCCUGGGACUAUGGAGCAACCUUUUCCAGACAUCUCCCCCAAGGACAAGGAAAUCCUAGUGCUCAGUUGCGGGGGGCUGGACACCAUUGUGAGGCUGGGUAAAGCCAGGGUCAUGGAGCUCUUGGUUUGGGGGCAUUCUAGAAGAUGCUGUGAAUUCUUGCUGGCUUGAACCCAACUCAGGGACAAACACAAUCCUCUGCCCCUGUAAUUUCUGCUAAAUUAGGUGACAAGGCUUUUUUCUUUCACAAAUCUAGGGACGUGCAUUUAUAGUCUGUUUUGCAUAAAUCAGGGCCUCAUUUGCAUCCGUUUGCAUGUUUUUCUGGGCGUGAGGUUCAAGAGGCCUCACAAUGUGUGUAAAAUGAAGUUGGGUACUGAGUAGCCCCACAGACUGGGAAGAAGGAGCCCAAGGGAGUUGGUGAGAGCUGGACCAACUUCGGGGCCAGCUGUCCCUCCAGACUUCCCAGUUUCAUGAACCAGUUGUGCUCCUUUCUCCUCCAGUGGGCUCGGUUAAUUUCUGUCCAUUGAGCUGCUGGGAUCCACUUCAUGCUAACUUUGUUUCUUGGCCUUACCAAAGUUAAGUGGCACAGCUGCUGUUCUCUGUCUCAUAGGCUCUGUUCCCGCAAAAAAGGUCAGAACAGGAAUCGUGCUCUGCAUGGGGUGGUGGCACUGGGCGUUGUGGUCACACCCUUUCCUCCUACUGACCUCCCAUAGCUGUCUUCCAGGGAGGUGGCUCCUGACCACUGGCAGAGGCCCAGAGGUGGGGUAAAGGACUCAGAAUGCCACUGGUCUGUCUCUGUGUGACAGCUCUGCUCUGGGGCACAGCAAGGCAGAGACAGGGCAGUGGGGAGGAGGGGAUGGGAGGGAAUCCCAUUAAUUUUUCUUGUCCUAAAUCAAUUUAAUGGAAGCCUCCUAUGACUCUGAUUUGAUUUUUCAUUCUCAGUGUUACAAUUAUCAGCCCAAUGUUACAGCAGCUCAAGCUUGAAAUGGAAUGCCGUAGCAGAGGCUGUCAAAAAGGGAAUAGUACCAGAUUACACCAAUUAUCGAAUAUUUUGCUAAUUAGACACCCAGUGCAUCUCUUUGGCUUACAGCGAGGGGCAGACGUGCUCAGCACAGCAUUGUCGUCUUGGCUGAGUGGUGGUUGUCACUUGCCAUCCCAGCUCAGGGAUAUCACGUCCCAAGAAGAACUUCACUUUUUAGGAUCUUCAUCCGCAGGACACUGCCUGACGUCUACCCUUCGUCCUUCUUGGCGCUCUCUAGGAGGCAGAGUGCAGGGAUGCAGGAUUUGUGAUAAAAAAUGUCAGGUACCUUUAAACCUAAGACCAGGUGGCCCGGAGGAAGAUCCAUGGAAGGCGUUCGGAGUCUGAAAUCUCCCUUCCCUUUUACAAAUGGGGAAACUGAGGCUCAGUGAGAGCUCAGUGACUUGGCUAAGGUGUCACUGACAGUUGUGGCUGAGUUGUGCCUGAACCCCAGGACUCCUGACCUCCCCAUCUGCAGCUGGCUGGAGUCCUUUUGCUCUGUCCAGAUAGGAAUUGUGGAUAGGAAACUCUCCUAAAGUUGACGGUCCCCUUGAGUGUCCAAGGCCUGGGGGCUGGACUGGCAGACCCAGAGGCUUCCAGCUCCAGACUCUGAGAGCUAAGGGCCUAUUGUUCCAGACCUUAGAAGCCAGAGACUCAUGGCUGCAGGCACUCAGGUUGGAGGGUCACUAAGGACUUUAACCACCAGAGGCGCUGGCACUUGGCAGCCUUUAUAUUCCGGUGAGCAGAGCAGUGGUAGCAGCGGGGGGUAGCUGCUAUGGAUACAACUCUCCUGCCGGCCUGGGGUGCUGGGACUCUCAGCCCCUAUAGACACCUCUGGUGUAUGAGAGCCCCGGGGCCUGCAGUUUCUCUUCUUUGGCUCUUCACAACCUUUUAUCUUUCUUCAACCUUGGCUGUCCAACUUCUCUUACUUCUGCCAUCCCUCGUUGCCUCUGCCACCUUUGCAUCCUGUCACUUCUGCCCUGCUCUCUGAAACUCUUCAGCUGCCCUCUCCUCAGCACUGCCACUCUGCCAUCUUCUCUUCUCCUUACCACAUUAGACUACUGUACUGGUGAUGAUCACAAACAGGCAAGAAAACGUCACAGGAGAAGCCAUUUGUUGAGGGCAGCACAGGAGGGCAUCUCUCAGCUGACUUGAAACAAGUGAGCCAAGCCAGUUUAUAUAGCCAGAAAGGUGUGGCGAGUGGGUUUGCACCAAUCCCAGCUGGCCUUCGUGCAAAUGAAGGACUGUGGCACCAAUCAUAGCGUAGUCCUGCAGGCAAAUGAAAGGCUGCAGCGAUCACAGUGAACCUUCAAGCCAGUGGAGGAUGCUGUUUACACCGGUCUCAGGCCUCCUGCUAGGCCACCAGGGGGAAGUUCUCCCCCUCUGGCCUGGGUAACAAUGGAUGCAGAGUCAUCUAGAGUUCACCAAGGCUUGUGAUGGCAAAAAGUCCAACAAGAACUGUUCAUUGUAGGCCCUCAAGGCCUCCAGGGAGUGCUCAGAGCAGCCAGGCUGGGAUGAGGUGGACCAGCUGACUGCUAGGCUGAUAGUCCUUCACUCAAAGCAGGUGGGGUACCGGGGAAGGUCCGGACAGCUGUCAUUAGGGACUCAUUGUCCCCAACAUCUUAGUGUAUUUAAAGGAAAAAUCAACAUUAAAAGGUGUGCUUAUAAUACCAGCUUUCGUUAAUAUCAACAGCGAUUUAACAGUGCUGUAACAAUGCUUAACCCUGCCCCCACGCUCUGUGGGGUCUCACCCCCCCGUGAGAGGUGGGUCCCUGUUAUCUGCCUCAUUUCCACCCCCUGUGGAUGUCCAGCGUGGACUUUCCCCAGCACCGGUGAAUCAGGGCUGCUUAACU